AUGUCGCCACAUGCUGUCGUCCAAGACGGCGGCAGCGUCGACCUGUCCAAGUUUGCCGUCACCGCAAAUGCCUUUCUCCCCGACAAAAGCCCUCUCAAGAUCCUCCCCGACCCCUAUUACGAGCCGUGGGAGCUCGUCGCCCAGCAUCUCCCAGCCCUCAUCGAGGCCGGCCGGAUCCGGGAGUCCAUCUCCCAGUUGCCCGUUCUCUCAACAGACCGGCUCAGGUCCGAGGCCGAGUGGCGGAGAGCAUACGCGUUGCUUUGCUUCCUCACGCACGCUCACGUCUGGGGCGGCGAGAAGCCUGAAGAGAUUCUGCCCCCACAGAUUACGCUGCCCUUCCUGAGGGUAGCCGAGCACCUCGAGCUGCCGCCUGUGCUCACGUACGCCGGCGCCAACCUGUGGAACUUUUCCUGUACCGGCGACGACUUUACCCAAAUAGACGACCUCAGCCUCCUCUUCUCCUUUACCGGUACCGAGUCGGAGUCAUGGUUCCUGCUCAUCAGCGUUGCCAUGGAGGCCAAGGCCGCCGGCAUCUUGCAAACGAUGAUGGGGGCCCUCGAGGCCGUCAAGACGCGCGACUACGAUGUCAUCAGCAACGCUCUCGACCAGCUGCGUGGCUGCAUCCAGGGGGUGAGCGCCCUCCUCGAACGCAUGUACGAGAAGUGUGACCCCAUGACCUUCUACCACCACAUCCGCCCGUUCCUGGCCGGCAGCAUGAACAUGGAAUCGGCUGGCCUACCUCGAGGCGUCUUUUACGACGAGGGAGACGGGAAGGGCGAGUGGCGGCAGCUCCGUGGCGGUAGCAACGGCCAGAGCUCCCUCAUCCAGUUCUUCGACGUCAUCCUCGGCGUGGAGCACAACACCCACGGCAGUGCGGGCCAGAAGAGCUACCACAACGAAGUGCGCGAAUACAUGCCGGGUCCGCAUCGGCGAUUCCUCGUGCACGCCGCCAGGGCGGGCAGCAUCCGCGAGCUGGCAUUGGUUCCGCCGACGACGGAUGCCCAGCGGCGGCUGCGCGAUUCUUACACCGCGGCAACGGAAGCGCUGAGCAGCUUCCGCAACAAGCACAUCCAGAUCGUGACGAGAUACAUCAUCCUGCCGUCCAAGCAGCCGUGGCAGGGCCCCAAGAGGCGGCAGAACCUGGCGAGCUCGUCGUCGCAGCGCAACGGCGACGAGGAGCUGACGGGCACGGGCGGGACGAUGCUAGUUCCGUUCCUCAAGAAGGCUCGUGACGAGACGUGUCACGCCGGAAAGCUAGAGCGAUAG